GAAUUCAGUUCCAUUCUAGCUCAACUGAAAGCCGGUUUUGCGAAAGUUUUUGUCAUUUAUUCGUGCCUUAUUUUAUUCAGUUGAAUUCGUGGAACUUUUGACUUUACAUACAAAAUGCGUUUUGCUCUGUUUGCUUUUCUAGCCGUCUGCUUGUUGGCCUUUGUCUUGGCCAGUCCUGGCAAGACCAACACCAAAACGAAUAGUUGUGUCCGUGCCUGUGGCGAUGACUACGAGCCAAUUUGUGCCAAGGCCAAGAAUAGCAGCAAGGAACGUCUGCUAACCUUUGGCAGUCAGUGUGUGAUGGCCAACUACAAUUGCCAGCAUGCCGAUGAUCCUUUUGAACAGAAGAGCAAAGGCGAAUGCGGUGGUGGAGUUAGCGUGCGUCUAUCAUAAAUCAAAUCACAAGCUUACCAUUUUGUUUAACAAUGAUUUUUGUGCAUGAUAAUAUAAAAUAAAACUGUUUACAUACAUCUUUAAUGCGAACAAAUAUAUAGAAGUUUAUUUAA